AUGCUAUUCAAACAGCAGGUGUGGCUGAGACAGAAGCUCCUGGUGCUGGGAAGCCUUGCUGUUGGGAGCCUGCUGUAUCUAGUUGCCAGAGUUGGGAGCUUGGAUAGGCUCCAGCCCAUUUGCCCUGUUGAAAACCGAUUUGGUGGCGCCCACAGUCAGGCUGAGUUCCCACUCCGGGCCCUGCAGUUUAAGAGAGGUCUUCUGCAUGAGUUCCGCAAGGGCAACUCUUCCAAGGAGCAAGUUCGCCUCCAUGACCUGGUCCAGCAGCUCCCCAAAGCCAUCAUCAUUGGGGUACGGAAAGGGGGCACUCGGGCCCUGCUGGAGAUGUUGAACCUCCAUCCUGCCGUUGUCAAAGCUUCUCAAGAAAUCCACUUCUUCGACAACGAUGAGAACUAUGCCAAGGGCAUUGAGUGGUACAGGAAAAAAAUGCCUUUUUCCUACCCUCAGCAAAUCACAAUUGAAAAGAGCCCGGCCUAUUUCAUCACAGAAGAGGUUCCGGAAAGGAUUUACAAAAUGAACUCAUCCAUCAAGCUGUUGAUCAUUGUCAGGGAGCCGACCACACGAGCGAUUUCUGAUUACACUCAGGUGCUAGAGGGGAAGGAGAGGAAGAACAAAACCUACUAUAAGUUCGAGAAGCUAGCCAUAGACCCUAAUACCUGCGAGGUGAACACGAAGUACAAGGCGGUUAGGACCAGCAUCUACACGAAACAUCUGGAGCGCUGGCUGAAGUACUUUCCAAUUGAACAGUUCCACGUCGUGGACGGAGACCGUCUCAUCACCGAGCCUCUGCCGGAACUACAGCUCGUGGAGAAGUUCUUGAACCUUCCUCCGAGGAUAAGUCAGUACAAUUUAUAUUUCAACGCUACCAGAGGGUUUUACUGUUUGCGAUUUAACAUUAUCUUUAAUAAGUGCCUGGCGGGCAGCAAGGGGCGCAUCCAUCCAGAGGUAGACCCCUCCGUUGUUACCAAAUUGCGCAAGUUCUUUCAUCCCUUUAAUCAAAAAUUUUACCAGAUCACUGGGAGGACAUUGAACUGGCCAUAA